AUGCCAUGCCUGCCACCAACGCCCUCCUCCUCCUCCUCCUCCUCCUCCUCCUCCUCCUCCGGUCUUCUUGACUCGGUCAUGACAGUGGGCCCAGGUGGGGGAGGUGGAGAGAAUGUGCUAGAUGCUGUACUCGUCUACCAUCACUUUAAACUGAUUCACUUACACAAGUCACCAUCCCUGCCCCCCACGAUGGACAUCGUCGAAACCGACGGUCGAACCGUCAACUGGCCAUUGGAGGGGCGUGCCGUCACGGGCGAGCCGUAG